UUUAAUUAUGGAUGCUCAUGAGCUGAAAAACAGACAGCUUAGUGAAACCAAAUUCUUGGACCAUUUGCCAGGACCAUCUGUCAUGGAUGACAGUAGAACUAUCGAGUCUGGCUGGAAAGAAGUUGUAGAAAACUUCCAUGAGAUGAAUUUAAAAGAAGAAUUGUUGCGUGGUAUCUAUGAAUAUGGUUUUAAAAAGCCAUUAGCUAUUCAACUGCGAGCUAUUUCGCAAUGCAUAAAGGGACAUGAUGUCACUCUUCAGGCACAAUCUGUUACUGGAAAGACAACGGCUGUGGUGAUUUCAAUUCUUCAACAAAUAAAUACUAGUUUGAACGAGUGCCAAGCACUCAUACUGGUACCGUCAUUUGAGUUGGCUCGUCAGGUUCAAAAAGUGGUCAUUGCAUUGGGUAAAUUCAUGAAAGCAGAUUGUCACGCUUGCACUGGUGUAAAAAAUAUUCAUGAUUAUGUACGCAAGCUGGAUACUUUUCCCCACAUAGUCGUCGGCACUCCCGCUUGUGUUUAUGAUUUGAUUUAUAGACAUAUUUUAAAAACUCAAUUUAUUAAGAUAUUUGUGUUAGAUGAAGCCAAUUUAAUGUUUCACCGACAUUACAAAUUUUAUAUUAAAGAUGUAUUUAAGUCCCUGGAUGAAGAUACCCAGGUAUUUUUGUUAUCUAAUCAAAUUUCCAAAAAAGCUUUGAAUGAGGGCACUCGAUUCGUGAGUAAUCCUGUACGUAUUUUUAUGCCGAAAGAAGAACUUACACUGGAAGCUUUUAAACAGUUUUUCAUCAACAAUUCACAUACAAAUGAGACACAACAUGGAAGUUCAAGUGAAUUCAAUUACUACUUUCAAUCCACAGAACUACCUAGCAUGGAUGUCUGUGGAACUAUCGAGUCUGACUGGAAAUAUGUCAUAGACAAUUUUCAUGACAUGAAUUUAAAAGAAGAAUUGUUGUGUGGUAUCUAUGAAUGUGGUUUUGAAAAACCAUCUGUUAUUCAACAGCGUACUAUUUUGGCGUGUAUAAAGGGACAUGAUGUCAUUGUUCAGGCCCAAUCUAGUACUGGAAAGAUAACAUCGGUUUUGAUUUCGAUUCUCCAACUGAUCGACACUAGUUUGAGUGAAUGCCAAGCACUCAUUUUGGCACCCACAGGGAAGAAAGCUCUGCAGAUUCAAAAGGUUGUUAUUGCUUUGGGUAAAUACAUGAAACCAGAUUGUCAUGCUUGCAUUGGCGUAAAAAACAUUGAUGAUUAUGUCCGCAAGCCGGAUACUGUCUCCCAUAUAGUGGUUGGAACACCCACCUGUGUUUUUGAUUUGAUUUCUAGAAAAUCACUACGAACUCAAUUUAUCAAGAUAUUUGUGUUGGAGAAAGCAAAUACACUGUUGUCUCGUCAUGUAAAAAUUCAUAUUAAAGAGAUGUUCGAGUCCCUUGAAAAAGUUACCCAAGUAAUUUUGUUAUCUUAUCGAAUGUGCGAAAAAGCUUUGGAUGAGAGCGCUCACUUAAUGUGUAAUCCUGUACACAUUUUUAUGCAGAAUGAUGUACGAACAUUUGACUCCAAUAUAGAAGGCAUAAAACAUUUUUUCGUCAACUUUACCAAGGAAGGAUGUAAAUUUGACAGUCUAUGCAAUUUGUUUGAUACUCUAAGUAUUACCCAGGUUGUGAUAUUCUGUAACACAUGCUAUAAAGUAGAGUGUUUGACUGAGAGUAUGCGUUUGAAAAGAUUCAACGUAUCGGCUAUGCAUCGAGAAAUGGAUCGUCAGCAAAACAAUAAAACUUUGUUUCACUUCCAUUCUGGCUCUAUUCGUGUACUAAUUACCACUCAUACGUUUGUUCGAACUAUUGAUGUACAACAAGUGUCGCUAGUUAUCAACUAUGAUUUGCCGUCCGAUUGCGAGAACUUUACUCGUGAUAUAGAACGUUCUCGCUAUGUUGCACGUAAAGGAGUCGUCCUUAAUUUCAUCACGGAAAACGAAAAUCAGUCAAUUGACACCAAUAACUACUCAGGACCACUCGUCACCGUUGACAGCGGAACUAUCGAGUCCAACUGGAAAGAUGUGGUAGAUAACUUUCAUGAGAAGAAUUUAAAAGAAGAAUUGUUGCGCGGUAUCUAUGAAUAUGGUUUUGAAAAACCAUCACCUAUUCAACAGCGCGUUAUUUUGCCAUGCAUCAAGGGACAUGAUGUUAUUGUUCAUGCUCAGUCUGGUGUUGGAAAAACAACUUCGGUUAUGAUAUCGAUUCUUCAACGAAUCGAUACUAGUUUGAAAGAGUGCCAAGCACUCAUUUUGGCCCCUUCGCGGAAGUUGGCUCUGCAGAUUCAUAAGGUGGUUACUGCUUUCGGCGGUUUUAUGAAAGCAGAUUGUUACGCGUGCAUACAUGACAUAAAAGCGGUAGACAGUUUUUCCCACCAACCCCAUAUAGUGGUUGGCACUCCCGCCUGUGUCUAUAAUUUAAUUAUAAGAAAAUGUUUACGAACUAAAUUUAUCAAGAUAGCUGUGUUGGAUGAAAUUCAUAAGUCCUUGAAUCGACUCAUCAAAGAUCAAAUUAAUGAGGUGUUCAAGGUGCUCGAGAAAGAUAUCAGUAUCCAGGUAAUUUUGUUGACUGAUUCAAUGCCCGAGAACGUUUUGCAUUUGAGCACUCAUUUAUUGCGUAAUCCUGUACACAUUCUGAUGCAGAAAUAGGGUUUUCCGAAACUAGUAUUGUCAUUGCCACGAUAGGUUAUAAUGUACCACUAUACAUAGGAAUGUUGCAAUAAAAAAUGUAUCAAUUUCACAACUUUAUAUUUCAAUAAGAAUUCUCUUGGUUUGUA